CCCGUGCCCGUUUUGCGCGCGGACUUUAGAACGCACCGCACUUGGUUAUUUUUUUUGGAUAAGCGAUUCAGAGUAAAAACGUGGGUUAUUGUCUUAUAUAGCUAAUGGUAAAAUGUAUAUAUGAGCAGAAUUGGAGCAAAAAUAUUUGUAGUGACUUUCUUAAAAGUUUUCAUGUGGGUUAGUUUCAGUCUGCUGUAAGGAGAAGGAUGUUUUAAGGAUGUGUAUGGUGUUUACGAUAGCGUGUUGGGGGUAUUAUUGACGACGGCACCCGGUUUGACUUGAUGCUUGCAUUUCCAUCACAAAACCCUGCCUGGAAUCUUGUGUUCACAGUAAAUUUUCAUUGAAGGAUGCCUAAUACCAGUGCAAGGCCCAAGCAUGGCAGGAGGACUCGCAGACGACGCAGACAGGAGGACCCUGCCAGGGACCAGCUGGUCUCCAGUUCUCUGGAGAGUGCCCAGCAGUGCCUUUACAACCAGGAUUAUGGAACGGCUUUUGUGCACUACCUUCUGGUCCUCAGCCUCGCACCUGUGUUUAAGAAUUUUGCAAAGGACUCAUUUCGUUUCACUCUCUUCAAAUGGGCAGAAGAGUUAGACUCUGUGGGACGCAUUCAGGAACUGUUUGACUGCUACGAACAGGCUCUAGAAGUCUUUCCUGACGACGAGGUCAUCCUCAACAGUAUGGGCGAACACCUGUUCCGAAUGGGAUUUAGAGAUGAAGCUGCAGGUCAUUUCCACAAAGCCUUAAAGCUGAGACCAGACUACCCAGAAGCCAGAGAGAACUUUUACCGUGUGGCCAACUGGCUGGUGGAGCGUUGGCAUUUCCUUAUGCUCAAUGACCGAGGCAGGAACCGAAAGUACCAGCAAGCCAUUCAGAAGGCUGUUCAGAGCGGCUGCAACACUGUACUUGACAUAGGUACUGGCACUGGAAUACUUGGAAUGUGUGCUAAGAAGGCGGGGGCUGCUGAGGUGUUUGCCUGUGAGCUGUCAAAGACCAUGUACGAGCUGGCUUGUGAGGUGGUGGCUGCCAACGGGAUGGACGGCAGCAUCAGCAUCCUCCAUAAGAAAUCCCUUGAGAUGGAAGUGCCAGCAGACAUCCCACGCAGGGUGUCGUUAGUGGUGACCGAGACAGUCGAUGCAGGUUUGUUUGGAGAGGGCAUCAUAGAGAGUCUCAUUCAUGCCUGGCACCACCUCCUGCUGCCUCCAAAGAGCGGUGAGAAUGAAUUUGAAGAAGUGUCCACCACAGGACGGGUCAUCCCAGCAGGAGCAACUGUGUUCUGUAUGGCUAUUGAGUGCCUUGAGAUCCGCCGGCAUCACAGACUCUGUGUGACAGAAGUGGGCGGUCUGUCGAUGGCUGCAGCCGGAGAACUCCGCAGUCCAGUGAGCUGCAGCUCGGAGGCUGAUGACUCCAUGGAGCCAUACACCACGGAGAGACUCAGCAGGCUGCCCGGAGGAUACAAAGCUCUCACAGAGCCUUUCACAGCUCUCACCAUAGAUUUCAACAAUGUGCAAGAACUGGAAGGCUUGAGCUCCAGGGAAGUCCGGGAGAUCCGGCUGCCUGUCACUCAGGAAGGACAACUGGACGCUCUGGCUGUGUGGUUCCAGCUCCACCUGGACGAGGAGAACAGUCUGUCCACUGGACCUCAGGAAGACACCUGCUGGGAGCAGGCCAUCUACCCCAUCCACAUCACAACAUGUUUUGUGUUAAAGCCGCGAGAUGAGUUGAUUGUUGAAGUUUCCUGUCAAGAUGCCUACUUACGACUCAGCAGUGUCGCCGUGCUGAGAGAUGGUCGUAAAAUCCAUCUUAACAAGCACGUGGAGCUGCAGCAUUCUGGGAACUCCAUCUCAAACUCGGAAGCCGAGCUGUGCAGUGCGUUGGCUUGUCUCCAAACAAAUCACAGUCAACCUGAAACUUUUAGUACCCUGGAAUGUUCGGAGAUGGCACUCCUGAACAACCAGGAUUACCAUCAAAGUUUUUGCGGUGCAUUAUCCAAGCUCAUCUCAAAGUUGAAAGUUCAAAAACAAAACCAGGAGCAAGUGAGUGUCAUGCCUGCACCUGACAGUAGCUUGUUUUAUGUGCUGGAUGUGUCUGAGGGCUUUUCUCUGCUCUCGCUCAUCGCUGCUCACCAAGGUGGUGUGAAAGCCUACAGCUCUGUGGAAAAGAACAAGCAACAAGAAGUACUGAGGAGACUUGCUCAGUCCAAUAGUGUCUCAGAACAGCAUCUAGAGUUCUGGCUCAACCACACAGAGGAUGAGCAGGGCGUCCUUCAGAGGCCAUCCCGGGAAAAGCUGUGGAGCGCCAUCAUUUUGGAUUGUGUGGAAACAUGUGGCCUCAUUCGACAAAAGCUGAUGGAGAAAGCUUCACUGGCCAGGUGUCUGCUAGAAGAAGGAGGGCACAUUUUUCCAGAGAAGAUUGUUGUGUAUGGAAUGCUGGUUGAGUCGGACACACUGCUACUAGAAAGUGCUGUCCAGGGACGGGAGCCAACUCUGGGGUUUAAUAUCGCUCCUUUCAUCAAUCAAUUUACUGUACCAGUCCAUGUUUUCCUGGACUUUUCCACACUAGAAUGCAGACGUCUCAGUGAGGCUCUGGAGCUUUUUGUUUUGAACCUUAUGGAUGCCAACGCAAACUAUACAAACAGAGAAGUCAAAGUCCAGACCAUCUCUGCGGGCAGAAUAACUGCAAUUCCCUUCUGGUACCACAUCUACUUGGACAGGGAGAUCAGUGUGAGCACGCUCAGCCAGAACUCUCACUGGAAGCAGGCAGCUGUGGUUCUGCAGGAGCCUCUGGAGGUACGAGCUGGCGACUGGGUCUGCCUCGCUGUGAGGCUUCACGAAAGCACCAUCUCCAUUUCAGCUCGGUUAGAAAACACGCCUGUGCAAAUGGACUAAUGUUAACUUAAUUUGCAGAACUUUUUAUUUGUAAACAUGUUGGGUUUCUUCACUUUCACAUAGUCUGUGGGAAAUGCAUUAAAUUUCUCUUUUUUUAGUGUCCUUUUUAAUGUAAUACCAGACAUCCAUUUUCAGAUUUUUUUGAAGACACAUGGAAGUUUCUGCUUAGAAGUUGUCUAGUUAGGCCCUGUCCCAAUACCUGCACUCCCACCCUCGUUCCGCCCUUGUGCACUUCAAAUGCGCGUUCAUGUUGAAGGGUUUGAGUGCGUAGUGUGUCCCACAUUCUCCACAUCUGCCCUUCACCCCGCCCAUUUUGGGUACCAUUUCCGCCCUUCCGUGAAGUCUGCAUAUUUGCAGACUUCAGUGAAGUGUGUUACCCACAAUUCAUUGCUGCAUGUGACGUCUGGUAUUAAAAUGCAGACCGCAGAAGAAGAAAAGCAAUAUUCAUGGAAGGAUGGAUCAUGGAAAAACAAAUUUGGGCCAUUAUGAAAAUUUUAAUUAACGAAAUGUAGCCCGGAUCCUCUAAGAGAACAUUUUAUUUAAAACAUUUCAACAAACAAGAAAUUUGAUCAGUUAGAACAAAAUUUUUGAAAUUUCCAAUCCUUCCUAAAGUUAAAGAAGUUCACUUUAAAAUUUUAAAUGAAAAAUACGAGAAUUUAUUUAAAAUAUAUUCAAAUUUGAAAUGGAGACAUGAUAAUUUUGUAAAUCAUCAGUGGAAUCAACUGAACAUUUUUUUUUUUUUUAAUGUGAGAUUUCACAUAGAUUUUGGAAUUAAGUACACAACUGGUUGAUCGCUAAGUCUCCACAAAUAAAUCCCUUUUCCUGGAAAGAUAUUAAAUAUGGAAUAUCAAUUAAAAAAUGAAUAUUUGAAAAUUAUAUCACAUUGUUUGCUAAAUUUUAUAUUCACAAAUGUUUCACAAAAUCUCUUCCAAUUGAUAAAGUAUUGAAAAAUGAAUUUAAUCUGAUUUAAACCCUUUUUUAUUUCAUUAUUGUUUUAUUUUUAUGUAUUUUCCCUUAUUUUAUAUAUUUAUUGUUGUUUUUUGUUUGAUUUACUUUUACUAAAGAUUUCUACGUCAGUUGGUUUACUUAGUUAAUAGUCAUGGUGAUCUCUUAAACUUUUCAUAAUUUGACAUUAAGGAGGAAUUUUAUAGAAUAGACAGUUAGAAUAGAUAAUUAAGAUAUGUAAAUGUGAAAUGGUCGUUAACGUAUGUAUGUUUAUUUUUUUGUCUUUGUUCUGUUAUAUUGGUUCAAUAAAAACAAUGCCAUCCGUGUUGGAUGUCACAGUUACGACGCAGUGGCACAACUUGAUGAUGUAAUCUGUGCUGUCCCAAUUCUCAAUUGUUUUGCACACUUGUAACCUGCGCACUCAAACACUAUGUGCACCGACGGAAUCCACACUGCAUAGAGGGGCGCAGGGUGCGCACUGAGCAUUGGGACUGAGCCUUAGUCUUCUAACACAAACCUAGUAACGUCCAAUAGUUGGCUGAUUCAAAGCUAUCAGAACAUUUAGUAGAAAUAGCCUUUGAAGUCAUGCUACAGUUUGUACAUUGUACUUUAGUACAUACAUAAAAUGUACUUAUCACAUGAUUAUUCUUAAAUAAUGGACCAGUUGUAAUAAAGAGGUUUUUAUUUGUAAAACUGCUUACCAAUACCUGUGACAUUUUAAUAAAUGCAAGAUGAAAUGUUA